GAUUCUUUGCUGUAGUCUGUUCCCAAUAUCAGUAUUUUAUUGGUUUUUUCACUAUUGUCCCUCCUUUCUCACCACUCCAAUAAGCCCUUCUUCUCACAGUAGUACUGCACAUUAAUUCUGAUAGAAACUCAACUCCCAAUUCCACUCCUACAUAUAUAUUCUUCUUUUCCUUCCCCAUCCCUCUGCACCCAUCUGCUAUUUUUCUCAGUUUUUUCAGUUACCCUUUAAAUACUUGUCCAUCAUUUUUUCCUUCCCCCCUCACUCACUCUCUGAUCAUUUUAACUUUAUUACCCCUCCCACCUCCCCCCUUUUUUCCUUGAGUAAGGUGAAACCCGUAAAUGGAGCAGUUAAAGCCGGAGGAGUACCAGAUGGACGUGAUGACUAUGAUGUUGCAGCAACUCCCUCAACUCUCUGAACCAUACACUCACACCAUGGAAGGAUUUCAUCCCCCAGAAGAUCACUUCUAUGGUAACAACACUAUGCCACUAGCAGAUUUAAUUGAUAACAAUAACCCUCACAGUUCCAUGCCUUGGUCCUCCUCAUACUCGUUCACACACUUACCAUCAUCCACAAUCUCUUUCUCCAAUAAUAACCCAAUAAUGCUUCAAGAACAACAACAACAUAGCCCGAGUGAAACAUACGAGGAUGCAAAUGCAAACCCUUACGGAGGUGAGAAGCGGAGCUCGAUGGCGGCGAUGAGGGAGAUGAUAUUCAGAAUGGCGGCGAUGCAGCCGAUACACAUAGACCCGGAGUCGGUGAAGCAGCCGAAGCGGAGGAACGUGAAGAUUUCGAAGGAUCCACAGAGCGUGGCGGCGCGGCACCGCAGAGAGAGGAUCAGCGAGAGGAUAAGGAUACUGCAGAGACUGGUCCCGGGAGGGACUAAGAUGGACACUGCUUCCAUGUUGGACGAGGCCAUUCACUACGUCAAGUUUCUCAAAACGCAGGUUCAGUCACUCCAACGCGCUUCCUCCGCUAACAACAAUAUUAGGCCACUUGGUACUAGUACUGUUAACGCAACAGGAAUAGGGUUCCCUGUUGCUAUGUCUACCACUUCCAAUUCCACCCCUUAUUUUCCUCUGCCUAAACCUUACCAAGCUCGCCACAUGGAGAAUAUGCACGAUAGAUAUGAUUAAGGUUGUUUAGUGUGUACAACUAGCUAGUUAAUCAAUUCAUUAUAUUUUAAGCUUUAGCCUCUGAGAUUAUAUAUAUAUAUAUAUAUUGGUAACAAUUAUAUGUAUGCUGUACAUCAUGGCAUGGCAUAGCUGGUUGGCUCGUCUCAAUU